AUGGUGGCGCCGGAGCCGGUGGCGGCAGCCCUUCGACUGUGGAUCCUCGACGUGGAGGACGGGGCCCAGCGGGGCCGAACGCCGAAGCCGAAAGACGCGGCGCCGGAGGCGGAGCCGGAGCCCAUCAACUGCCGCCUGCUGCUGCGCUCCGAAGCGCGCGCGCAGCUCAAGGGCUGGGCCUCCGCCCACUGCUGGCAAAGCGCGCGCGACCCAUCGGCGCGAGCCAACUGGCGCGCGCUGGGACAAGGUCUGCCGCACCGGGACGCCUUCGCGCCCUCGCGCACGGCCCGGCGCCUCGCGGAGUGGGCCUGGGGCCUUCCCAAGACCUGGCCAACAUCUGAGGCAGAGACCAGCGCCACCCUCCAAGACAUCCUCACGGACCAAAGCCUCGGCGGCGCUUUGGCCUUGGCCGUGCUGGACGCGGACGACGAGGCUUCGGCCAUCGUAUGCGUCGAGGGCGUGGGAGGCAUCGAGCGGCUCCGGGUGGUGGGGGCAGUGGCCAACCCCUUGGCGCCGGAGAGCCAAAGUUUGUGCGAGGACGCGGUGCGGGAGGUCCAAGCCAUUGCAUCCAGGUAA